AUUAGAUAAGUGAUUAGCGAUUGAAGAAUAAUUUAAAAACACAUCACUUAAUACUCAGUUGUGUUAGUCUUAAUGAAAGCCUUUGCGGUUUAAGAUCUCAAUAAUUGAAUAUUGAAAUGAAAUUAUUAUUGUUAUUAUUCACUUUGAUUGGCACCAGUUAUGCCGGGAGUCCGUGUGAGGGACGGGACUACCAAAGAGGUAGUAUAGCGUGUGUGGCCACUGAACAGCACAAUGACGAGUACGACACCGUCCAGAAGAGUCCCAAAGGUGUGGUACAGGUCUUUACAACCACUAAAUCAGGCAAACGUCUGGCGAAGACCGAGAAGAAGUGGAACGAAGGAGAUAUUCCUUCGGGCUAUAAGUGGAAUAUCAAAGUCGACCACUCGAAGAGUUAUCAGUCCAUCAUUGGCUUCGGUACCGCACUGUCCGACGCGGCCGUCCUAUCCAUCGGC